CUUUUUUUCUUUUUCUUUCUUUUUUUUUUUUUUCGUAACUAAUAUAGCUCUCUCACACUACUGAGAAGUCCACCAAAAGCAUUGAGAUGAAAGAAAUCUCCGCCGUCUGACCACUAUCGUACGACUCAGCAUUCUCCUGCAACCCUAAGCUGUUUCAAUGUCUGCAAAUACUGGGGAUUACAACGAUUUUUUAAUGCGCAACAACACCGCCGUAGAGGCCCGCACGAAAGUACAGAACCGUGCGAAUGUUAAGCAAGUCAAACUGGUACUACUCUCUCUGAUCCAUUGAAUCGUUGUUUGUAGCAAUUCAAUUCUAGGGUUUUCUUCGUAAAUUUCGGAGUUACCUAGUAAUCUUCUCGUAAACCCUAGUCUUUCCUUUGAGUUCAAAUUUGAUACAAACUGUGUUGGUGAUAUGAUAUGGUUUUGGCAUAAUAUCUAAUACUAGAGUUUGUGUUUUGAGAAAACCAAACCAUCAUGGCCUUUAAGAAACUCCCUAAAAACAGACCCAAAAUUGAGCAACUCCCGACUUCGGCUCCAAACCCAGCCUUCUCAUCCCCAUCUGCACCCUCUCGUAGUAGUCUUCCCACUUUUCCUCUCUCCUCAUCCACCACCACCGCAUUCCAAUCCCAACUCGGCCACUUCCUCAAUGCCCACCUCAAGCCCUGUUUCACGCCCCAAGACCUCCUCACCUUCCUGAAAAACCACCUUCACCACCACCCAAAAUUCACCCACCUCGACCUCCACAUCUUCCGCUACGCCGCUGGCCUCGACUCCUUCCGCCACAACCACGCCACCUUCGAGUGGAUGGUCCGCACCCUCGCCAUCACCCAUCGCUUCGACGGUCUCCGCUUCCUCCUCGAGUUCAUCGUCUCCAACCCCUGCCCAUGUUCUGACGGUAUUUUUUCUUGCCCAAGAACUGAACCCAUUUUCCGUUUCGCUAUUUACUCUUAUUGUAGGGUUGGUAGAUUUGAUGAUGCUCUGAUUGCAUUUGAUAAUAUGCGGAAAUUGAUUGAUGGGUUACCUAAUGUAGCAGUGUACAAUAUGUUGAUCCAUGGUUUUGUCAAGUAUGGAGAACACGGAAAAGCGUUGGGAUUGUACAACAGGAUGAUUAAGGAUCGGGUCAACCCUGAUGUUUAUACGUUUAAUAUAUUGAUUAGCAGUUACUGUCGGAAUUCACGAUUUGAGUUAGCUUUGGAAAUGUUUAAAGAGAUGAAAGUUAAGGGUUGUAGUCCCAAUGUGGUUAGUUUUAAUACUUUGAUUAAGGGUUUUUUCAGGGAGAGGCAGAUUGAGGAAGCAAUUGGGAUGGCAUAUGAGAUGAUUGAGUUGGGGUGUGAACUUUCAAACGUGACUUGUGAGAUUUUGAUUGGUGGGGUUUGUAAAGAAGGGAGGGCUUUGGAGGCGUGCGAUUUAUUGAUUGAUUUCUCAAGGAAAGAUGUUUUGCCUAAUAGAUAUGAUUAUUUUGAUAUAAUUGAGAGGCUUUGUGGGGAUGGAAAUGUUGGCAGAGCGAUGGAGGUAAUGUAUGAGUUAUGGAGGAAAGGGAAUGUUCCAAGCUUGAUUGCUUGCACAGUUUUAAUUGAAGGUCUGAGGAGAUUGGGAAGAAUUGAGGAGGCAUUUGAAUUGAUGGAAAAUAUGUUGAAGGAGGGUAUUCUUCCAGAUAGUGUGACCUAUAAUUGUCUACUUCAAGAUAUGUGCAUUGCUGGAAAAAUGGUUGAAGCAAAUAGAUUGAGGUUGUUGGCCUCUAGCAAGGGAUUGGAUUCAGAUGGCAUGACAUACAGCAUUUUGGUUUCUGGGUAUGCAAAGGAAGGUAAAAGGAAGGAAGGGGAGCAUCUAGUAGAUGAGAUGUUGGACAGGGGUUUUAUACCUGAUAUUGCUACUUAUAAUAGAUUGAUGCAUGGACUUGCUAAUGAAGAAUGUUCUCUGCGGCGACGAUGAAUUGUUAUUGAUGGGCAAAGAUGUCAAAAUUGCUGGUGUUGGUUAUAUAACCAGCACUAUUCUGAAUUAUGAGACUAAUGGGGUUCUGUCCUUAUAUUGAGCAAGUGAAGUUAUAUUAAAGGAAGAUGAUUACUAUGUAUCAUUUAUGACCAUACAAUAACUUACAUCCCAUGGAAUUGAACGGUGUAUACUACUGAGAUGUGGUAGAUGUAUAAGGUAUAGGAGAUAUGAAAGUGUGGAUGUUGAAUUUAAAACCGAAAUUAGAGAUUAUUCUAGUUCUCUAUUGUUAUCUAAUAGAUUCAAAAUUGGUAUGCUUGUAGACUAUGAACUGGUCGGGAGUGAUCAAUCAGCAGUGCUUGGAUGGAAUGGAAGCUUGGGGACAGUUUUUGGGCAUAUAUAAUAGUUUUGAAUUUUAAAAUUUUGGUUUAUGUUAAGGUGGUGAAUGUGGGUAUACCCAAGAUUGGCAGCAGUGGAAUGACACUACCCAAUCUGUAGACCAUGCUGUUAAGCUUCCUCCACCACCAGGUAUGAUGGCUACUCCCCAUAGGUAGCCAUGUUGGUGUCUGGGCUGCACUACGCUGCCCCUUGGCAAAUUUGGCCAGCGAGUAUGUCACUUCCGGCCCACAUCAUACACCCUUGCCACCUCCGUCCCAAUUUGGGGCUGGGCCUCAAUAAGAACACCUUCAUUUAUGACGAGCUAACCGCUGCCACCGGUGGAUUUUCUCUGGAAAAUCUGCAAGGUCAAUGUGGGUUUGGGUUUGUACACAAAGGUGUGUUGCCUAAUGGAAAGGAGGUCAUGAUUAAGAGUUUAAAGUCCAGUAAUGCGCAGGGAGAUCACUAAUUCCAGACCGAGGUUGAGAUCAUUAACCCGGUGUAUCAUCCACGUCCUGUUUCGCUUGUUAGAUAUUGCAUUGCUGGUGGGCAGAGGAUGUUGGUCUAUGAAUUUGUUCCAAAUAAAAACCUUGAGUUCCACCUUCAUGGAAAGGAUCAGCCACUCAGCCCACCGUGGACUGGGCGACUAGGCUACUUAUUGCAUUGGGAUCAGCCAAAGGGCUUGCUUACCUUCAUCAAGACUGUCACCCUUGAAUAUCCAUCAUUACAUCAAAGCUGCAAAUUUUUUACUGGACAAUAACUGUUGGCGAUUUUGGAUUGGCUAAACUUAAUAAGGACAAUAAUACUCGUGUAGAGCUCAUGUCUCUACACGUAUCAUGAUGACAUUUCUGCUGGGCCAAUUCUGACACGGACAUUGGAAAAUGGCAACUAUAAUGUACUGGUUGAUUCAUGCUUUAGAAGGUAACGACGUCGCCGAUGAGAUGGUACACAUGGUUGGCUGUACUGCUGCUAGCAUCUGUCAUUCUGGCUAGAAGGCACCCCAAAAUGAGCCAGAUUUUAUGAGCCAUUGAGCAUUAGAAGGGGGGGGGCUCGUCCAUGGAGGACUUGAAUGAUUGCGGCAAAUUUUGUCAGAACUCUGCUAAAUACGACUUCAUUUGAUGCCGACAUGUCAAAGUUCAAGAAAAUGGCAAUGUCAAGACAAGAGUUCGAUAGCAGCGAAUAUGGAGCGAGUGAGUCCGGGCUCAACCGACCAUAGUAUUAAACGAAUGAGAAGAUCCAAAAUGUUGUUUAAUUGAAGUGUAAGACCGAAUUAGUCUCGUUCACUUGAUGCUAUAUCAUUUGAAUGAUAGUGAUUCAGUUUUGGACUUCACAGGCUUCUUUUAUAAAAAUGAAGGAACUUAUUCUAGUUUUAGUAAUUGGGAUUACUAGUUGUAUCAAUUGGAUGACAAAAUUAAGCAGUGCCAUUGAGAUGCUUAUUAAUGUCGAGACAUUUUUAGUGAGAAAUUCUUGUAAUUGCAAUUCAAAUGACAUUUUAAACGUAACUAUGAAAAAAAUUACAUGUUAAACAUUUGAUCAUGAAAAA